AUUUGCAGGCCCACUAUAAAUAGUACAGCAGCCUUCGCAUGCUCAUGUUUGAUUGGAAAUUGCAGUGCCUGAAGGCAGUGCUGAGGGGCGUCAGUCAAAGGAGGCAGAGGUACUUGUGAAUGCUCUCGUCAAUCUCUCUGGAAAGCCUCCCGCACCCCCCAAAAAAGGGACAAAACAAACUAUUUUUCUCCUGAAGUAUUACUUUAUCUGGUGGAAAAUGGAUUCACGGAGGACGACAUCGCGCUCCUCUCUUGGCAAUGGGAGAUCCAACAGCGGGGAGGAUAUGAGUGGGAGCAGCCGGUCUAGUAGCUGCAGCUACCUCUCUAACGUGCGCCCAGAGAACAGGAGCACACUGUGCAGCAUGAUGGCACAGUUAACUGAGGAAACCCAGCCGUCCUUCGAAAAUACCCUCAAGUCAAGAGCUGUGUCUGAGAAUUGCAAUGUGAAGUUCUCGUGUGUGGUUACAGGAUAUCCUAUUCCUCAAGUUAUUUGGUACAAGGAUGAUGUGCAGUUGGACAGAUACUGUGGACUGCCCAAAUAUGAAAUUUUUCGCAAUGGACAAAACCAUUCCCUGCACAUCUACAACUGCACUGUGGAGGACGCAGCUAUAUACCAGACCUCAGCCAGCAACAGCAAAGGCAUUGUGUCCUGCUCUGGGGUUCUGGAGGUGGGCGAAAUGAACGAGUUCAAGAUCCACCAGCGCUACUUCUCCAAACUCAAACAAAAGGCAGAGAGCAGACGGAGCGAGGCGGAAGGUAAAGAAAACCAGGAGCCGCCGCGAACCAUCAGUCCGGACCGCACACAGAGGAAGCGUCGCUCCACAAUGGAGGCCUUUCUCAGCACGCCGAGCUCCAUGGAGGACGAGGGCGUCGAGGAGAGCCUCCAGACGGAGGAGAACGCAGCCAGGUUACAGGAGGCCACUGUGCAGGAGGUGGAGGAAAAGCCAGUCGGCAUCACUAACGGAGCAGGGUCAGCUGUAACUAACGGACAGACUGUGGUGUGUGAAAACGGUAACAAGAGCGGGACGUUUACGUACGACUCUUCCCAGAAGAUUUUUAUUGCACACCAACCCAAGACUCCCCCUGUCAAAAAGAAGAUUAAAAUUUCCAACAGUACACCAGGAGAGCUGCCGUCUGAGGGGAAAAGGGCAAAAGAUGAAACCCUGACCUCUCCAAGUCUGGCGUGCACAGUGCCAAUUCCUGCAGAGGGGAAUGCAGAAGAGUUUAUGGAAGUAGACAACAUUGUUACUUCAUCAGUUGAGGACUCCAGGAAGGUGACAGAACGACAUCGGAAGUCAGAAACCGAAAGACACAGGAAGGGUAAAAAUGUAUGUGUCGAGGUGGCUGUUCUUUCACAGGAAGGACCGCUUCCCACCUCAGUACCCGCUGCUGCUUUUAUGACUCGUACUGUUUCAGGAACUGAAACAGAGGAAGUAUUGAGUGGUGAAAGGCCUUUAAAGCGGGACAGCAUUUUUGUUGGGGCAGCUGUUCCUUCACAGAACGGACAGCUUCCCGCUGCUGCUUUUACAAGUCAGACUGUUUCAGGAUCUGAAGGUAAUGAAACUGAACAGAAUUUAAAAAUCCAGAAACAAAGUCCACACUUGACCUCGACACAUCAACAGUCAAAUGCUGCAACAGCAUCCCGACAACCCCGAAGCACAGCAAAGAGUUACAUCUCUAAGACAGAACAUGUUGAAGUCAUGGAUGUGGAUGAGAAGUCAAAUUGUCCCACUGGUGGAUCUUUGGCGCACAGAGACAUUGUGUCGGUGAAAACACCACGUGAGAGCAGAACCGCUUCACUUCAGCGUCCAUGUGAACCAGCAGGACAUCAGCUGUCUGCGAAGGAAACAAGCCCCGCCCAAAGAAAUGCACCUGUGUCUCGCCCAGCGCCGCUGAACGAGGUUACACAGGCCCACACAAAGAUAAAGAGGAAUGAUGCACCUGUCGGCCUUGAGAUUCCCCCCAACCAGAUGGAUGCGCAACCACCACAGAAGACCAGAUCAGAGAGAGAGACUGUGGCAGAUGACAUCCAGACCCCGUCGUUGCACUGCGGUCUGCAAGCAGCAAUUGAUAAAAUGACACAGGACACAUGGGACCAUUCCAGGGGAUCAAAUGAAAGCCAUAGGGCCCUUUUUACAGACACACAGAAGUCCCCACUCCAAAGCCCUGGUGGUGGUGAGAACUUCCAAGGGUGUAACGUUUCUUCCUGCACCCAGCAGAGCCAAUUUAAUACAGCUAUAAAAACUGUUGAAGGGACAGAAUUACAAGUUGAUGAGAAGGUCGAAGGGAAAAAGGUAGGGAAGGUGUUCCUGGAGUCUGACAGCGUGGCUCCAAAUGAAAAGAUAGUUGAGAUAGAGAUUAAAAGUACUCUUCUGCAUAUGAUUGAACACAAAGAAACAGAAACGACCAAAGACACAGCCGACACUGGUGUUGUCAUUGUGGGUGAUUCUAAUAAAGAAAGUGAGAAGAAUGAGCACAUACUAGAAAUGAAAGAGGAAACUAUUUCAGCAACACAGGAUCUACACUCAUCUAUGUUGGAGCUCCGGUCAAAAACCUCAGAAUACACAAAAACGUCCAAACUCCAAGUUAAAGAGAUCCAGGAAAAAACAAAACCUGUCACAAAAGACACACAUUUAGCUGGACUGUUCGGAUCACAAAUAAAGGCUCUUGAUUCCGUACAAUUAAAUUCAGUGACCGACUUACCGGUUUAUGCUUGUUUUGAACGAGAUCCGACUACAACUGUGACAGAAGCAUUUGAGGAGUUGAAAGAAGAUCACAGUAAACCAACAGAGAAAAAGUUGAUGUCUGACAGUGAAACUGACACGAGUGUAACUCCUCCCAGAAACACAAAAGGAACCCUCAUUGACGUUUAUAAUCAACCAAAUAAAACUGAUCAGGAACAGAUUCAGUCUCAAUGUGCAACUUCACAGCGUGUUCAGGCGUUACAAAACCCGUCUGUCAUCCCCCCAAUCUCUGUCAUAGAGACUGAAGGACUUCAUGGUAGUGACAGAACAUGUCAGGAAGGUGUCAUGGACAUUGGCCGAGAAAAUGGAGCCUCAACUCAAGCUCCUCUGAAAAAUUGCCCUCUUGUUUACCUUUCUCAAAGUGGAAACGUAAAAAAAGUUCACACUCCAUUGAACUCAAAGGAUAAACUGACAAAAAGACUUCCAUCCGGAACUGUCCCACCAGAACCUGGGACUCCACUUGCAGUUACACCUCUCGAGCACAGUGAUCAAGAGUCAUGUAAUGUUGUUUUGGAGCAUGCCGAAUGUGAAUCUGUCCAAGGCAAAGAUGUGCGAAGUGCACUCAAGUUAACCACAGAAACUACGCUCAACUUCCAAACUCCAGAGGGGAUUAAUGAAAUGAAUUCCACAACUCUAGAUCAAGACCAAAUGGAAGAACACGACUCAGACAGCAGGCCUUUGCAGAGUGUACAAACGUUGGCCGCUGACGGUGUACAUGGAACAGAUACACAAGAAAACGCUCAACUCAUUGUUGAGGAAUUUUCAAGGCCUGAAGUUUCAGGCAAUCCAACCGCUGCUGCUAGUCCGUUGUCAAAGAAACGAGACUGUGCUUCUCCUAUUGCUUCCGCUACUCCACAAGAACUAGCCUCUGGGGCCCGACGCAAAAUCAUCGUACCCAAAGCCAAAAGUGAUGAGGCCUCAGAGGUCACAUUACCGGUUGAUAACCCCACCCAGGCAAAGGAAGCUCCCGCAGAGAGCCGCAAGCCUUCCGCAAAUCCCGUAUCCCUCACCCCGUCUCCAAGCCUGUCAAGGAAGUCACCUCUACUUCGGCCCCCCGUGGAGCCAACCGGUCCGGCAGAAAGGCGCUCUCCGCUGUUGAGCAGGAGGAAGGUGGCCUCUGAGACCCAAGCACCAAGUCAACCGGAGAUCCCCAAAACUCAGGAGAAACCGGCAGAGAAGGAGAAGCAUGACCCAUUCAAAGCGCCUCAGGUCAUUCGUAAGGUCAGGGGUGAAACGUUUGCAGAUGCCUCAGGACACUUAAAAUUGUGGUGCCAGUUCUUCAACGUACUCAGUGACUCUACAAUCAAAUGGUACAGAAAUACAGAGGCAAUUGCUCAGAUUAAAGUAAACGCAGGGGAUGAAACUCAGGUUAAUCUUGCAAUUGUUCAGGCCACCUGCAAAGACUCUGGUGUUUACAGCUGCACGAUCACAAAUGAAUAUGGGACCAAAUCAACAGACUGUCUCCUUAGUGCAGAUAUCUUGGCUGGAAUGUUCCUACGCGAGGACCUUUGUGUUGGAGAAGAGAUCGAAAUGACACCCAUGAUAUUCAACAAGGGUGUGGCUGAUUCAGGCGCCUGGGGUAACAAAUUUUUUGGACGUAUAAUGAUGCAGGAAUCGCAUAUUGGAGAUGGAUGUGCUCAUAAAGUCUGGAGGGCAAAGGUCAUCUAUGGUCUGGAGCCUGUGUUUGAGUCUGGAAAACCAUGCAUCAUCAAAGUAUGCAACCCCAUCGCCUAUGGAGGUAAAGCAGAAAGCUGCCUUAUAGACAGGAACCUGGACAUUGUUAAGCAGGAGUGUAAAAUUCAGAACUUGGCUCGGGAAUACUGCAAAAUCUUCUCCGCGGAGGCAAGAGCGAUUGCAAACUUUGGCCCUUUAAUUGAGGUGAUCCCGGUCUACCUGAUGUACCGACCAGCAAACCCGGCCCCUUAUGCAACAGUGGAGACAGAUCUGUCGGGGGUCUAUCAGAAAUACUGCACCCUCGAUGAUUCAGGCGGAAUAGACAUGCGGUCCGGCACCGAGGCAGAGAAGAAGUGCUGUGCGCUGCAGCACUGGAUCUUUCAGUGGACCAAUGGCAGUCUGCUACUCACCCGACUUGAAGGUGUUGACACCAAGAUCACCAAUGUUGGGAUUUCAGUGAAAUCGACGGGGCAUCAAGGUCUGUCUGUUGAAGGGAAUCCCAAAGUUUUUGAGCAGUUUGUGUCCCACCACCGUUGCAACUACUUCUGCGGUCUGCUCAGCCUCAGGUCACUGAAGGUCACGGACUGUUUAUUGACGCCGUCGAAGCCUAAGGCCUCCCGGAGUCCGUUGCUCCAACGCAAAAAGGCUGCCGGCUCCUCCAGCCCUCAGGCCGGCCGCAGAGCUGCUGGCAGCCCCAGACAGCCCAGGAGGACUGAGCAAGAGGGUAGAAACACCCCCACUAAAGAAAAAGCUGCUCCAAAACUUGUCAAGAUGGAAUAGACUUUCUCAGCUAUGAAGUCCCAUAGCAGCAACGGUUCACUGAAUCAGCAAAACAGUGUUGGGUGCAACGAAAUAAGCCUGAUUACGCCUCUGUUUUUAAAAGAGGUACAAAACCCUCACAGAGACCAGGAAAGAGAUUAAUAUAUAAUAUAAUAAUGUAUAUGUUUGACGGCCACCAUUCCUCCAAUAUCAAUCAGAGUGGAUUGAUGUCUUCACGUGUUGUUGUUGUUAUUGUCUAUUGUUUCCUACAGUCAACCAAUCUUGGGGUUGAUACAGUGAAGUGAGAAGUAGCUUUCCUGGGUUUGUGUUCUAUCAAUCCAUGUACGUAUGUCACAGAUUGUGAAUCCCAAUCCCAGGUCAGUGUAUUUGUACUGAGUGUAUUUACAAGAUAACACUUUUUGAACUGAAUUAGCACAUUAUGAAAUUUAUAUUUAGUAAUCUGAAUGUAGGGCAGUUAUCAUGUCAAUAGCAAAGUCGAGGUAUAACAGAUGCACAGUACAGCACAUUGAGUAAAGGCUGUGAGUAAACAAACUACAUUUUUCAGUUGUGUAUCGAGGGAAAUGUAGCCUCAAAUGACACUGUUGUACGGUGGCAAAUGGUGCUCUGCUUUUAUAUUGUAACCUGUCGUGUUUACUUGCUGUUCCAAAUUGCACUGCAUUUUGCAAACUGCACAUUUGAAUAUAACUGGCUGUGAAAUAAAACAUGUUACGCCGCUUGGUACGUCUGUAGAAACUGCUGAAAA